AUGACUGAGUUCGUCGAAAACAUCGAGAAGCCUGAAGAAGUUGAAGUCGUUCCAGACAUCACAAAAAAAGUUAACACCUUAUCUGAUAGUAGUGAUGACGGGAGCGGUGCUUUGAACGACUACAUUGCCAGAUUCGUGGAGAUUUCGACGAAUGCCCAGAGUAACGAGAAAAAAGAGAAACAAAUGUCGCUCAAGGAAGGUCUGAAAACCUUCCCGAAAGCCGCAGGCUGGUCGAUCGUGCUUUCCACAGCCAUCAUCAUGGAGGGAUACGAUACCCAGCUGCUGACCAGUUUGUACUCGAUGCAACCUUUCGCCAAAAAAUACGGCAAAUACUACCCUCACCUUGACGAGUACCAGGUCCCGGCCAAGUGGCAGACAUCGCUUUCCAUGUCGACCUACGUCGGUGAAAUUAUCGGACUGUACAUUGCCGGUCUUGUUGCUGAGAAAUGGGGAUACAGACGUACGUUGAUGGGCUUCAUGGCCGCCGUCGUGGGUUUGAUCUUUAUUAUCUUCUUUGCCGUCGACGUGCAGAUGCUGCUUGCCGGUGAGCUGCUGUGUGGUAUUGUCUGGGGUGCGUUCCAAACUCUUACCGUCUCGUACGCCUCGGAAGUCUGUCCCGUGGUCCUGAGAGUCUACCUCACCACUUAUGUUAAUGCGUGCUGGGUUAUCGGACAGUUGCUUGCUGCUUGUUUGAUGAGAGGCACUAUGACCAUGACAAACCAGUGGUCGUACAGAAUUCCUUUUGCCAUCCAGUGGAUCUGGCCUGUUCCGAUCGUGAUUGGAAUCUACCUAGCCCCAGAGUCGCCGUGGUGGCUGGUCAAAAAGAACAGGGACGCUGAGGCCAAGAAGAGCAUCAUGAGACUGCUGAGUCCAAACCAAGAGGUGCCCGACGUUGCUCCGCUAGCCGAAGCGAUGCUGAACAAAAUGCAGCUCACCAUAAAGGAAGAGUCUUCGAAAGUAUCCAACGUCUCGUACCUUGACUGCUUCAAGCACGGCAAUUUCAGAAGAACAAGAAUUGCGUCCAUGAUCUGGCUCAUCCAGAAUAUCACUGGAUCCGUCUUGAUGGGCUACUCGACCUAUUUCUACAUCCAGGCAGGACUUGAUAAAAGCAUGUCUUUCACCUUCUCUAUCAUCCAAUAUGCGCUGGGUCUUCUCGGAACGUUGGCCUCGUGGCUGCUGUCGCAAAAAUUGGGCCGUUUUGACAUCUUCUUUUUGGGUCUCAGCACCAACACAUGCAUCCUGAUCAUUGUGGGAGGUUUGGGCUUCUCUUCGGCCAAGAGUGCAUCCUGGGCAAUUGGUUCGUUGCUUCUUGUCUUCACUUUUGUCUACGACUCGUCCAUCGGUCCUAUCACCUACUGUACUGUUGCAGAAAUACCAUCGUCGACAGUGCGUGCCAAGACAGUUGCCCUCGCAAGAAAUUGGUACAACUUGUCUCAAAUCCCGGUCUCGAUUGUCACUCCAUACAUGCUCAAUCCAACCGCUUGGAACUGGAAAGCAAAAUCGGCCUGGUUAUGGGCUGGCUUGUCUGUUUUCUCACUGGUCUACGUCUGGUUCGAGUUCCCAGAGACAAAAGGAAGAACGUAUGCUGAGCUGGACAUCUUAUUCAAUAACGGCAUCCGUGCUCGUGACUUCAAGUCCACUCAGGUGGAAACUUUCAACCCUGACGAAAUGUUGAAAAAAUUGAAUAAUGAGGAUAUCAUACAGGUUGUUGAUGGCGACCUGAAAGCCGGUACGACCACCGCUAAGGUCUAA